ACCAAACUACGUCAUCAUUAGUGGCCGCCCCGUUCUGGGAACAUGUGGAGAGAACAGCAUGGCUGCGCCUGAGACUGUGGCCAACUCUGCUCCGGCGGAGUCGGGUGGGCGGCCACCGGCGACUCUGUCGUGCUUGGUGGCGCCCUCCUUCUCCGAUGCCUGCGGGUUGGUGAGCAGCCCCCACUCGGCCCUGGUGGUAGAGACCCACCGCAGGCACCUGGCACUGUCCCCAAAAUAUCUGCAGAAGAAACGGAGCGGCAUCCAGGAACAGCUAAACACCGAGCUGCUAAGAUACAGCACCGGGCUCAGUGGUGUUCCAGUUUCUUAUGAUAACAUUAAACUUAUUGGAGAGUUGGCGGAUAUAUAUGAUGAUCUUGGGCAUAUUCAUGUAAAUAUUGAAGCUGACUUUGUGAUUUUUCGGCCUGAAUAUGGACAGAAGCUUGUGGGUGUUGUCAACAAAGUAGCACCAAGUCACAUCGGCUGUCUUGUCCAUGGCUGCUUUAAUGCUUCUAUACCAAAACCCAUGAAAAUGUUGCUUGGAGCUUGGCAGUGUCUUGAAGUGAAGAUAGAGGAUAAUAUGGAGUUCAUCGUUUCCCGUUUAGAUUCAGAUGCUGUGGGUGUAUUUUUCAUUAGAGGAAGGCUGGAUUCAAGCAUGGAAACUUUAGCAAUGGAAAAGUUAAAAGACUUAAAUGAAAAUCAAGAUGCCGGAAAUCCCUCUGAUCCUAUAGUGAGUGUAUCCGUCAGUAGUGAGGCAGUGACUGAGACAGAUAUGGGCAUUAAGGAAACACCUAAGAAAAAAGGCAAGAAACGUAAAUACAUAGAAACAUUUACAGGAGAAAUGGCAUCAGAAGCCCACACUGUAUCUGAUGUCAAUUCCACGCUCGACGAUUCAUUGAUGGAAACGCCCAGCCAAUUGAUAGAUGAAGUGACAAAGAAAAAACGGAAGAAGAAAAAACACCAAGAUACCUCCAUACUAGCUAAUGUAGUAGAAAAUGAUAGUAUGACACUUAUAACUGAUGUUAGUAGUUUUGAACAUGAGAGUGAUAUCUCCGACCCCUUACUGUUGGCAAAACAGGCAAAAAAAACUAAGAAAAAAAGACACCGAGACAAUUCACAAGCUGAUGUAGAAUAUGGUGUUCCAAAUGGCUUGACUGAAGAUUCAAUUGUUACAGAAUGCAAUGCAUUUGAAGAUUUAACAUCUGUAACUAAAUCUCUGCAUGAAAAUAUCGAGAAAAAACACAAAAAGAACAAUAAAACUAAAGAUUUGGAUAAGGACUUUUCUAAUGGCGCAGGAAGUGCCACAAAUAUUCAUGAACCGGUCGAUCAAAUCUUGGAGUUUUCUCAAGAAAUACCAAAGAAAAUCAAACGUAAAAAGAAGCAUAAAGAGCAUUUAUUACAGAGUGAUGUAAUGAACCGGGAAGCUGAAAGCACACUUUUGGAUGUUUCCUUAAGUGAAUCUGAGCCUAAACCUAAAAAGAAACGGAAAGCAUAAGACACAAAGACAUUUAUGAACUUUAUGCAAAUUCUAUUUUCUUAUUGAUUAUAUAUUUUAACGUGUUUUGAAAUGACAGAAAGCACUAUACUCCCUCCCCAAUUACUUGUCAAAGGAGAUAUACUGCAAUAUUCUGACCUUUGUCCCUUAUCUUAAUUAUCAUUAAACCAUUCCUUAAUGGUAACUCCUAAGUAUCACCAAAGAGGGCAACUAUUAAUGAACUUCUCAUACAUACUACACACACCUAUACAUAAUUUGGGA